CUAGGGUUCUGUAACCAAUCUCACCCAUCUUUUCUUUCCUUCGUCGGAGAAGGGGAGAAAAGCGUACCUGAAACGAUUCCCUGCAUUCCAUUCCGCUGCAUACUUGCAUUGCAUCUCAUCCCUCCUGCUCCUGCGUCCUCCUCCUCUAUUUCUCUCCUGCUGCUUGCUACUACCUCAUCGAUCCAUUCCAUCCAUCGCCGAGGGGGGAGGGCCGCCGCCCGCCCGGGUCGCAUCGCAUCGCCUGGUCGGCCGGGGACUCGGGGCAGGCGAGCGACACUAGCUAUAAAAGACCUCCCGCCGCCUGCGACUGGGCCGUGUGCAAGCAAAUUAAAGCGCAAGGCCGAUCCGAGGGUGGACUGUGGAGGGCCGGCCAUGGUGAUGAUGAUGCGGUCGUGCCUCGGCGGUGGCCUGCUGCCGGUGGCGGUCAUGCUCUGCCUCAACGUGGUGGCGGCGGUCAUGGUAUCGCUCGUCAAGGUGGCCAUGGACGGCGGCAUGAAACCGCUCGUGAUCGUCACCCUGCAGCAGCUCACCGCCGCCGUCUUCCUCGCGCCAAUCGCAUUCUUCAAGGAGAGGAAGUCGAGGCCAAAGCUGACGCUGGAGAUCUUCGCCUACAUCUUCGUCAGUGCGGCGCUCGGGGCAGCUCUUCGUCAGUACAUGAUCUUCGUGGCCCUGCGCUACACCACGGCCACCUUCGUGACCGCCUUCUCCAACAUCGCCCCCGUGCUCACCUUCCUCCUGGCCGUCGCCACGCGGUCCGAAGCGCUGGACCUCAAGAGCAGGACGGGGUUGGCGAAGCUGCUGGGCACGCUGGUGUCGCUGGCCGGCGCCAUGGUGCUCACCCUCUACAAGGGCGUGGCGCUCACCCACGCGGCGGCAGCCUCGCAGGACCAGCAGCAGCACUCCCACGGCCGGUUGCCGCCGAGCGCCGCCGACAGCCGCGGCAAGUGGACGCUGGGCACCGUGGCCAUCCUGGGCAACUGCGUCUGCCUCUCCUGCUGGUUCCUGCUCCACGGCCGCCUCGCCAAGAAGUACCCGCACGUCUACUCCUGCAACGCGCUCAUGUCCUUGCUCAGCUUCCUCCAGGUCGCCGUCGUCGGCCUCUGCACCCAGCGCAGCAUCUCCCCCUGGAUCGUCACCAGCAAGUUCAACAUCCUCACCGUCCUAUACGCCGGCAUCGUCGGCUGCGGCGUCUCGUUCGUGCUGGUGACAUGGUGCAUCGAGAAGAGAGGAGCCGUGUUCGUGGCCGCCUUCAUACCGGUGGUGCAGAUCAUCGUCUCCGUCAUCGACUUCUCCAUCCUGCACGAGCAGCUCUACCUCGGAAGCGUGCUGGGAUCAGUGCUAGUGAUAGGUGGCCUUUACCUUCUGCUGUGGGGCAAGAGGCAGGAGGCCCUGCACUGUCCUCCUCCUCCUCCUCCAAAGGUUGCCGAAGAAGACCCUGCUGACAAAGAGCAGCAGCAAGUGCAGCACAACUGAAGACGGACAGCAUCCUCUGACUGUUGGUCGUUUGGUUGUAACAGUGCCAGCAAUAAGAUCCCUCUGCCUCCUUUUCUUUUCUUUUGGUGUCUCAGGGGGGUGGGCAAUGUUCCUUCCUUCUCAGAUCGAUCACCAACAAAGUGUUUAGAUUCUAAUCCAAAACAGUAGAAUGGUCUUAAAUACAGUACUCCUGCUUACUGAUGAUAGCAACACCACUACCAACUAGGCCUCUGGAGAAAUACAGAGUAGAGUGUGUGUGCGCGCAAUACUGGAGAGCAGAAUAUUCCUGCAAAUAUAGUACGCAGUUGCUGUC